AUGUUAAUUCCAAACGUAUUUGUCGCAGCGGCGGUUCUUUCUACUUUUGUAGCUUCAAUGCCCUUUGCUCCAUCCGAGCUCUCAGAAAGAUCUAGAACAAUCGAUCCAGUUGCUCUGGAACGUAUUAAAGCAAAGCUCAAUGCACACAAAUGGACCCUCCCACGGCCACACCCACGGCCGUCAAAGAAGCUCAAGCUGGACCCGGCACCACGGCCGCAACCAGUACCGCGACCACCUCCAUCGAAACGUGGACUGGUAGCGAAAAGAUCUACCCCUGACCCUGAACCAAUCGAUCCAGCUGCUUUGGCACGUCUGAAAGAGAAGCUCAAUGCGGAGUCAUGGGCCUUCGUCGGACGGCCAUUCAAGAACAAGAAACCCGAGCCAGUGCCACUGACACUGCCACCGCCGCGACGACCUGGAUCAAAGCGUGGAGUCGUAGAGGAAAGAGCAGGGGCAAUUGAUCUAGCUGCUGUCGCACGUCUUGAGGAAAAGCUCAACCAAGGCUCGUGGGCCCAUAUCCCAAAAUCACCCGUGGGACAACCGAAGCCAAGGGUUGGGGAGCCCAUGCUCACCUACGGACUCGACUAUGGACAGAAAACCAGCUCAGGAUAUACUCGACUCUACAAGGCAGGGCCAAGACCAAACACCCGCCCCACGAAUCAACGUAAAUCCAGGAGUGGGCUCGGAGUAGGAGCACUGCCCAAGAAGCGUGUAUCUCUGGAAUCAGCAACAGUCAAAAAACCUGCACCAGAGGUGGUGCAAGCCAGGACACCAUCGCCACGACAACAAAUUUCAUCCAGCAAGAAUCCCGGUCAUGCCUAUAGAAAAACACCAUUGCCAAUGGGUACGAACCCCGAGCAUUAUCCCCAAACUUCACGGGACACUAAAAUCCAAAGAUCCGUACCAGAAGAGGAAACGAAGAAGUCGGCCGGCACGCCAAUUCUGGAAAACAGAGCACCUACCCCUAAUCCGGGUACAGGAUACAUAGCCAUGCUUAAAAACGGCCCCAAUUUUAGGGGAAAUGCAUUGAGGCUAAGACCCGGGAAUUCGAAGAUUGGACCUUUUAUUGGAAUAACAAAGUUGUCAAAGCCCAAACCUAAUAAGAAGCCUGCGGCGGCAAACAGACGAUAG